ACAAGUUUGGUUUUUGGAUGGCUUUUCCAUGUGAAAUGUCUACUGAGCAGCCUCCCCUGUCCUGAAAAAUCCCCAAAUUUCAUUGUCAGUCACACAGCAACCUCAGGCUGAUCCCAUCUGCAUCCUGAGGAGCUGCAUCAGCCUUCCAGUGCUGGUUUCUUACUGAUGUCUGUAGAGAGAAGCUGGGAAUACAGGCAGCUCAGCUCUUCUCUCAGGAAGAGGAACCAACUCCUGACAGCCCGGAGGCCCAGUAUGAAUGUUGAUUGUGCUGCUGGGACAGACUGGUCAAGAGCUCCAGAGUCCAGGUGCCCUGUGGAAAACACAACUCUAGCAGCCCAUGAGUCAGAAGAAAGUAAUGGGGUGCUAGGAAGUCACAGCCCUGCUGCAGUUCCCAGGACUGAGGGUUUAGAUUCUGAAUGCCGACACACUGUGAGUCCCCAGAUCAGUAGCAUGUUGUCUGCUCCUGAAGACACACACAGCUGUCAUUUCCAAGAUGGAAAUAAGAGACAGGCAGAGUAUUUCAGUAGCCAGGAACGCCAUGGGUGCUGCACUUCUUCUUCAAGCAUCAGCUCCCAGACAGCAGCUCCAGAGAAAGUGACCCUGGUGGUUGAUGGCACUCGCUUUGCAGUGAACCCACAGAUUUUCACUGCUCACCCUGACACUAUGCUGGGAAGGAUGUUUGGGCCAGGAAGGGAAUAUAAUUUCACCAGGCCAAAUGAAAAGGGAGAAUAUGAAAUAGCUGAAGGAAUCAGCUCAGCAGUGUUCCGGACUGUGCUGGAUUAUUACAAAACUGGAAUCAUUAACUGUCCUGAUGGGAUUUCCAUCCCAGACCUUCGAGACACGUGUGAUUACCUCUGCAUAAACUUUGAUUUCAACACAAUCAAAUGUCAAGAUUUAAGUGCUCUGUUACACGAGCUCUCCAAUGAUGGUGCUCACAAGCAGUUUGACAGCUACCUGGAGGAGCUGAUCCUGCCUAUCAUGGUGGACAGUGCAAGGAAAGGGGAACGGGAGUGCCACAUCGUGGUGCUGACUGAUGAAGACACCGUGGACUGGGAUGAAGAUCACCCCCCACCAAUGGGAGAGGAGUACUCACAAAUCCUUUACAGUUCCAAGCUGUACAGAUUCUUCAAGUACAUUGAGAACCGUGAUGUUGCAAAAGCUGUGCUGAAGGAAAGGGGCCUGAAAAACAUCCGCAUUGGCAUCGAGGGGUACCCCACCUGUAAGGAGAAGGUGAAGAGGAGGCCUGGAGGCCGCUCAGAAGUGAUCUACAACUACGUGCAGAGACCUUUCAUCCAGAUGUCCUGGGAAAAGGAAGAAGGGAAAAGCCGCCACGUGGAUUUCCAGUGCGUGCGGAGCAAAUCUCUGACAAACCUGGUCAGUGUGGGGGAUGAUGUUUCAGAGGACCACGAGGUUAUAAUGCAUCACCCCCCCCAAGUGGAUGAACUGGACAGGCUCAAUGCCCCCUUCUCCCAAAUGGCUGUGAAUGGGCUUCCAGAUUAGUCGUGGCUCAGGGAUCAAGCAGGAUCAGUCCUGCUUGAUGUGGGAACAUCUCAGCGUGAGUUUCAUCCCCCGUGGAUGGAACACAGACUCCUGCAAGGUGCUUUUUCCUCCUCCAUCCUCUUGCCACAGUGUCAUAUUUCAAGCAUGUUAAUAAAGAGCCACAUUUCAUAGUCUUAAUUGUGCAAUCAAAAGCAACGUCUCCUCAAACAAAAAGAAAUUAUGCUGUUUGGUUCCACUACAAAGGCUUCCAGAUUGAUGGGUGCUGAAUAUUUUACCUAAGCUUCUAAAAGAGGAGCAGAAGUAUUUAGAAACAUCUUGUCUGACAUGAGAGAGGAAAUUCUGGGCCUGUCAAGGCAAAGCUUUGCUUUCUCCUUAGGCACUUAGCUUUGCUUUGGGGAUAAUCAGUUACAAAGGACUGAACAUUGAAGCAGGAAGAUGAUUCUCUUUCAUCAGCCAGCAGAAAUGUAGCACAGUUGUGACAGCAAAAACCCUGAGUGUGGAGGAAUGAGAGCAAAACCCUGAACGGGGAGGAAUCUGCUUACAGUGCCACCUGGCUUUCCAUCCAGAAUGUUGCACUGCUCUUCUGGGGAAAGGUGAAGGAGUUUAAUAGGAAGCAUAGAUGCCUGCUGACAGGAAUUUCCUAUUUAUGUUUCUCCAUAAGAUUGAACUACUGGUUUUAGGGAUGCUCUCUGUUAAGUUCAGAGUAAAACAAGUAGAAAAUGCUGAAGGAAACAAACCAUAAAAAGAAAAGACUGUAGUUGAUAUUUUACCAACAAAGUAAAUGUGUUUAGUAGCCUAAUAGAUGUAGGAAGCUUUCUAGAGGUGACUCUGCAUGCUGAAGACUUUCAGUUGUCUCCUCCAUCCUCUUCCUAAGACAAAAAAGACCCAGUGGAGGAGCCCACAGUACAGACAUUUUACCACCUGAGUAACAUCCUUGGUCUCUUCAACCUUAGUCAGAAUCUCUGGAGCCUCUCCAAGGAGCUCUCUAGUGUUGCAGCUUUAGAAGGCCAGCUUCUUUCUUCCCAGUUUGGAACUGACUGGACCAUUUUGCUGUCAGGCAGGUAAGAAACACCAUGAGUAAACCAGCUUUAGAGUAAGCUACAUGUACCUAGGAACAACUCUCCUGAAUAUAUUCUCCUAAUCUGUGGUUAAAGCUCUUUGGAUCAAGAGCCAACAAUGCUGUGACUGGAAGCAGAGACAGUUGAGGCUGGAGUAGCUUGGUUAGGAGCAGGUAAGCUCCAUGGAGAUCCCUGGAGGCUUCUUUUAACACCCUGGUUACUGCCCAGGGAGUUCAGUACUGCCACAGCUGAGCUGCUGCAUGAACCAGAAGGAGCCUGCCUUACAAAACCAUCACUUCUGGUGGCUGGGGAGAGGUUUUCUGUACCUGAAGUGGUUCAUAAAGGUGGUGCUGGUGUAAAACAAAUGAAGCCCACUCUGAGAGGGAGAGAGCUGGUCAGUUUUGCUUCUGCAGUUCACUGCUGUUGAAACCUCCUGUCCCACACUGAGUUUGUUACCUGGUCAUACUGGGCAAAACAGAGGUAGGCUGUCCCUACAAAGCUUAAUCCUUCUGUCAGAGUUGUCAAGCAACGUUUUUAUUAGUCUCCAACCCUUCUGCCAAGUGUAUGGUAGACUUAGCACUGAAGAGUGUUACUGUGCUGCUAAGGAUGUUUGGGUUUUCCAGUGUAAGUAACAUGACAGUGGCAAAUACAAACUUUCCUGGAGGUUUCUGAGUGUCCUUUAGGUAAGAGUAACAAAGUCUUUGCCAGGGUAUAUAUUGCUGGUAUAUUUAGCUCCCAUUUGUAUAGCUACAGGUUCCAUUUUUUUCUGUGUUUCUGUUCUUAGCUUCUUUCCUAAGUGCAGCAAAUAGAUUUCUUCUUUUUAUAAGUGCCUAUGGGAAGAUUUCCAAAUGCCCUUCAGGACCUCCUGAGAGUCCUGGGGGUGCAGAUACCCAGGUCCAUCUGCCUACUUUGGAAAAACUCCUCCCUGUGUGUCAUUGGCUAUAGAGAAGUGUCCUUCAGGCUCUGCAAUCACUUCCCAUUAUUGCUUGAGAUGAAUUUCUAUUUUUGUAGGAGAGAAAGGAAGACCCAGGGCCCAUUAACCUUCCAGCUGAGGGCCAGACCAAACCCUUGCUCAGGAACCAUUCCCACAAGUCAAGCAGGGACACUGAGGAGCCUCUUUGCCCAGCAACCCUGGGGCUUGGCCCCUGGGUACCUUUCUUGGGGUCUAUUUAUUUUUACAGCAGUGGAUGUUUUCAAGUGAAUUCAUCUUGGCAUUGACCAGCUGACUUCCAGUGAACUCAAGAACUUGUGUGUUGGGUUGUUGGGUCCCUACAGGACUCUGUGCAGGCAUCAGAUCUGAUACUGGCAGCACCACAUACAGAAAAAAUAAACCCAACCAGUGUCUGUCUCUGAGCCCAGGGUCAGCCAGGCCAUUCCACCACUUUAUUAGAAAUAAACUGCAGCUUUAACCCUUGGUUAAAAACCAUGAAUGCCCUGGAGGAGCUUGGGGUGGAAGAGCUCUGUGCACUCAAUGUGGACCUUCAGUUUGGGGUGGAAAGUCAGCUCCUGUCCUUUUUACCACUCCAGAAAAGCUCCUCUACUCAACUGGCUUUCCCAACUCCUUACAAGUGAAUUUUGGAUUUUACAGGGUUUUAGCAGAGUGACUUCCCCUUGGAACACUAAAUCAAACUGUAAAAGCACAUUUGCUUUUCCUCCUCUGGUGGUCACCUCCUCUUCAGGUACAAGGUCAAGUUUUGUCUUUGUUCUGCCUCUACUGAAGUGUUACCUGUGGUGUGUAUGAACUACAGAUGUAUGGUUUCUUUUCUGUAUUAAAGUAUAAAUUAUA